AUGAAGACUGUCGUUGAAAUGAUGGAUAAGUAUCCCGUCCAGUUGGAGGACGCGUACCUGCGCUCAAAAGCUAUCGAAUGCCGAUGGGAAGCUAUAAGGCCGGUGACAUACAUGCAUCCUUUCAUGAUCCCAGUAGGUCUUACACGAUCAAUGGAGGCAGCUAUCGAAACUGCCAGGGCGGAGCAAAAAGAACCCGAUGCACUGGAUGAAGGAUUAAGCAGCAAGGCAUCACACUAG